GCACCUGCAAUUUCAGUUGUAGUUUCAGUUUUAGUUUUGGGUUCUUGGCGUGCGGACGCGCCUUUGGAUAUAGUACAUACAUACGUAUACUAUAUAUUUUUUCGUUCAUUAGCGAUGCUAAAAUCGAUAUUGACCGUCGUCCGUUUACACCUGGAGGAGCUGUGGCUCAGGAUCCUGGGAUAUAUCAUGCGCCGAUUCCUGCGCUCGGCCAUGAUUGUCUUCAGUUGGUUCGUCGUUCCCUAUAGCCGUUACACCAACAUUAAGGUGAUACGGCGCAAACUGCCGCCCAUCCGGAGUCACCUGUUAGAGAUACCCGCCGUCGACCUGGCCAAACUGAUUCGCACUAGAAAGAUUAAAAGCGAAGAAGUCGUGGAAGCCUAUAUAGAACGAUGUCGACAGGUGAAUCCUCUGAUAAAUGCCAUCGUGCAGGAUCGCUUCGAAGAGGCAUUGGAGGAGGCUCGCGAGAUAGACAACGUGAUAGCCAUGGGCAUUAACAGCGUCGAUUCCAUGGAGGAGCUAACUCCUCUGCUUGGCAUUCCGGUGACCGUCAAGGAGAGCAUCGCCGUAAAGGGGAUGACAAACCAGGCGGGGCGUGUCUUCAAGACACCACAGAUAGCCAAGUCGGAUGCGCCUGUGGUGGAGCAGAUCAAGCGCUCUGGUGGCAUCAUCCUGCUUGUCUCCAACACACCGGAGCUUUGCCUACUGUGGGAGACGUACAACAACGUGACGGGUCAAACGAAGAAUCCGUAUGACCUGAAGCGUACUCCGGGUGGAUCCUCGGGAGGCGAGGCAGCACUCCUGGCCAGUGGUGCCUCCCUGCUGGGGCUUACCUCGGAUAUAGGUGGCUCCUCUCGCCUGCCGGCCAUGUUCAGCGGCAUUUGGGGCCAUAAGCCCACACCGUACGCAGUAUCUUUUAGGGGUCAUCAUCCGACGAGUGAUUUCCCCAAGUGGGGCGACUUCUUCACCAUCGCUCCAAUGACUCGCUACGCCAAGGAUCUGCCGCUACUGCUCAAGUGCAUGAGCGAUCCAACUGGUCCUAAGCUGACGCUAGACAGGGCGAUUAGUGUUAAUGGGAUUCGGUUCUUUUUCAUGGACAACGACGGGCCGUCUGGCAUGAUGCGACCCCUGAGUAGGGAUCUACAUGCGGCCAUCAACCGAGUGGCCACUGACUUCAAUGCAAAGCGGGUGAAUAUACGCAAGAUGAAGUGGUCGCUGGACAUUUCGCUGUCGGCUAUGCUGACCAUGAAGAACAUUGAGACUAUCUACCAUAAAACGGAGGAGGGCGAGCAGCCUAAGACCGUGUGCAAGGAGACGGUCAAGUAUUUCUUCGGUUGCUCAGACAGCAUCCUGCCGUCGGUGAUCUUUGGCCAUCUGCAGAAUUUCAUGAAGAUCAUCCCAAACUCGCGCCACAAGCAUCUGGCCAGCAUUAUCGAGGCGCUCAAGACUGAAUUCAAGGAGAUGCUGGGCAACGACGGCGUCUUCCUGUACCCGACCUUUCCCAACACGGCGCACCAGCACUACCAGAUCUACCACAAACUUCUGGAGCCCAUGUAUAUGGCCAUUUUCAAUACGCUGGGCCUGCCGGUGACCAAUUGUAUGAUCGGUUUGGACCGGCGUAACCUCCCUAUGGGUAUCCAGGUGGUCGCGAAUCCGGGUCAAGACCACCUCUGCCUGGCGGUGGCGCGAGAAAUGGAGCGCCGCUACGGUGGGUGGGUACGUCCGCCGUCCGAGGACAGCCACAGCAGCAGUGGGAACAGCAAGCAGCGUGGCUAACUUAAGCUUUAGCUGGAGUAAUGGCUUUAUCCUGUGCGUGAUUCAUUUGUACUUUGUUUUGUUUAUAGCUAAUUGUACACUGUCGAUCAGUUAGGGAAUUUCAGAGAGAGACUUUAAAUGGAUUGAGGCAAAUCACUGUUAUCAGCCGGAACUGGUUGAAUGGUAGCAAGGAAUCCCUAGAGCAACCUCUUUAUCUAAUCCACAUUUAAUUCGACCAAACAUCACACAAAACAAACAUAAACAUUCGGGACCGUCGAAAUUAAACAAUCCCUCUAUUUCCACCAUUACCCAUUGUAUUAAAUUAUUGUCGAAAACUCCUCUGAGCUUGUACAUCUCGUAUUCGUAUUUGUAUUAUCUUUACCUAUAUGUAAAUAUUCGUCUAGCAUCUAAGUGUUAGGUUUAUGUCGCAUCCGGCAAAGAUCGAUAAAUAUAUCCAGUAUAUGUGUAUGUACGUUAUGUAGCAUCUUGUUAAAAAAAAAACAUUACAACCUUACGACUUUUGCAAAGAACCAAAUUCGUUGAAUAAAUACGUAACAGAAAAAAUA